UAUAUAUAUAUUAGUUUUUAAAGAAAAGGUUCCUGGGAUGUAAAUAUUACUAUCCCUCUCUGCACACGUAUUCUUCUUCUCUCUUAUGCUUUAUAUGGGAUUCGUUUGCUUAGUUUUCUCCUCCAUUAAUUCCUCCUUUAUAAUUAACCACUUUACUAAUUACAAAGUGAUCGUAUUACUAUAGAUAGAGAAAUAGCAAGAGAGACAUGGAUACUCCACAUAUGAAUGUUCUUUCACUUUUUUUGCUUCUCAUUGUUUCUUUUGGAGCCAACCUAUCCGAAUCAGCUAGAAUGUUUACCAUAAUAAACAACUGCAAAGAGACAAUCUGGCCAGGAGUGACUCCCGGCGAGAACUUUAACGGUGGAGGAUUCGCAUUGAAACCAGGGCAAUCCAUUGUCUUCACAGCUCCCGUGGCCUGGUCUGGCCGAAUUUGGGGCCGCACUGGCUGCAAAUUCGACCAAAGCGGUGUAGGAAAGUGCGAGACAGGCGCUUGCGGCGAUGCCCUUAAGUGUGGAUCUUCGGGAAAGACACCGGCCACACUUGCUGAAUUUACCUUAGCAUCUCCUGAUUUUUAUGAUGUGAGUCUUGUUGACGGUUUCAACUUGCCCAUAGUCGUCACACCACUCCACGGGCAAGGAAAUUGCAGCGUGGCGGGAUGUGAUGGCGACCUCCGAACCAGUUGCCCUAACGAGCUGGCGGUCAAGAGCAAUGGGAAAACGAUUGCCUGCCGGAGCGCGUGUGACGUGUUCGAUACCGAUGAGUAUUGCUGCCGAGGGCUUUAUGGGAACCCUGUUGUGUGCCAACCUACCUUCUAUUCCAAGAAAUUCAAAAAUGCAUGCCCUAAUGCUUACAGUUAUGCUUAUGAUGAUCCCACCAGUAUAUUUACAUGCACCGGAACGGAUUAUGUGGUUGCAUUUUGCACCAAGAGGAAGCAACAAGUAUGCACAUAUCAUAACAACAAAUUGGUCUGUAAUGGGUCACAAGGCUUAAAGUCAUUCAUUGGAAGAUGGCUCACUCUCAUGCUUCCCCUUAUACUCAUUACUAAACUAUUAUGUACUUAAUUAAAGAAAAAUCAUUCUUUUAAAAAAUUAAUAAUUGUGUGGAAUUUAUUAUUUACUUUUGUAUUUUAUUAGCUAAAUGACCAUAUAUGAAAUAAUUAUUGUGAACCAUCUUGAUUGCUUCAACUAAUGUUUGUCCAAUUAUAUAUAUCAAAUAUAUGUCGAAUUUGUUUAUUA